AUGUCCCAUCUGCAGUAUUUCUCUUAUAAAGGCGUAGGCGAGCAGAAGCGCCAGAAGUUCAGAUAUAGCCAAGCCGUGCGAAUUGGCGACCAGAUUGAGUGCGCAGGCCAAGGUGGCUGGGACCGUGAAACGGGAGAAUUCUACAAGGAAAUCAAUGCACAAAUCGAUCAAGCAUUCGCCAACGUCGAACACAACCUCAAAGACGCCGGUGGGGAGGGUUGGAACCAGGUUUUCCGUGUCAACUCAUAUCAUGUGCCCAUCAAUGAUGAAGCGUUAGCUGCUAUGGUGCGGAACUUUGAGAAAUAUAUGCCCGGGCAUCAGCCCAUUUGGACUUGCGUUGGGGUCCCUCGACUCGGGGAGGACGAUAUGAGGGUUGAGAUUGAGGUUGUGGCUCAUGUACCUAAUUAA